AGUUUGUUGCCGGUGACUGAAACCAGUUUGAAGAAAAGCUUAAUUUUGGGGAAACCAGUUUGGGAUGGAGCUCCAGACGUGGAUUUCUGGACUGCUGGUCCUCGCCUCUGUGUUUCCCCCGGCAGAGGCCUUGUCGCCGUACGACCCUCGGAUGUGUUACCUCCUGGACGGCUUCCUGGGUCUGUACGGCCUCAUCAUCACCGGCAUGUUCAUCAGGGAGAAGUUCUUCAGACCCAAAGGGAAGGCGACGGAGGAUAGCAUCUACAGCGAUCUGGUUGGUCAGGACACUGCAGGUUACGCCCCGCUGAACCACAGAGGAGACCCCGAGAGAGGAAGAAACCGCAGGGAUGACACCUACACGGGCUUGAACAAACGUAACACUGAUGGAGAAUAUAAGGAGCUUCCUGUUAAAAGAGAGCGUCACAGAAAGAACGAGCAGGUUUACCAGGAUCUGAGCACGGCUACUAAAGAUACCUACGACGACCUGCAGAUGAAGCCGCUUCCUCCUCGCUAAGGCCGUCCAGCCGUCGCGACCCAGAAAACUUUUCACCUCCACCAUUUCACUUCCUGUCAGCCUCAGCAGAAAAACACACAAACUUAUGUUUUGGACAAAUUACUUUGGCUGAUGGUCUUUUUUUUAAUGAUGUCCAUCUUUUACUCGUUAGUAGAUUUGUCAUUUCGUUUCUAUAUUUCUCAGGUGGAAGGUCUUUUAUUUAGUCAGAACACGACAUCAUAACUCUAUCGGAACGGUUUGUUUUUUUCUUUGUGAAUCUCUGACCGCAUUGAUCCAUCACUUUACACGAGGUGAAGUAAUGCAUAAAAAGGUACAUUCAAUCCAUUCAAAUUGAUAAAAUUACAUAAACAAAACAAGUUAUUGGCACAAAUGCAGUUAAAAGUUUCCCCAAGAUUCAAUAAAGGAAACAAAAGAAUUGGUUAAAUAAAUGGUGACAGUCUUAAAAAGUUGGAUGUGAUGGUGAGUUCAUAGCUUCAGGAAGGGAAGAUAGUUCGAUCGAAGCCUUGUUCCAGCACGCCAAAACUCACGAAUGACCACGAUGUCCGAAGUUGCACGUGUGUCGGCUUCGUGGGACACGCUUGUUAAUCGGCCGCCAUAUUUAAAAGCCGAGUCAUGAACUCAGGUUAAAGUGUUCAUGUUUUUAUGACAGAACUUACUUCACUUGUACUCAGUGUGGCAUUUAUUUCUCCCGUACAGAGUAGGAUAAACGGGCACCAACUAAUACCAGGUCCAGUUACUGACAGCAGCUGAUGUUGUUUCCUGUAGGAUUGAGAACAUGAUUUAUGACGUGAAUGCGUCAUGAAGAGGCUACUUCUGAAUAUAUUUUAAUUAUAUACUGAAUUAUUUGAACAAUUCAUUUAUUUUCUGUUCCUUCCUUGAUCUCAUGCAUGUUAAAAGCCAAAUAAGAGGUUUUAUUAGUAAGUAACAAAUAGGAGUAUGUUUAUAUUGUCUUUUGGUCCUGGUAUGAAUACACAAACUCAGUAUUCGUUAUUUUGCCUGUCAAACACGUAAAAACAAGAUUUUCCGAAUUAAAAUGGAUCCAAAAUGCUUAAAAAGUUCAGCCCAAAGUAACAAACUUUGACAUUUAAAGAGAUAUUUUCACUUUUGUGUUGUAAAUAGCAAGACGUCAACUAGAAAGACACCGAGGCAACUCAGUCUACAGAUAAAGCAGCUGUUUAUUUGCAUUUGUCUUCAGUUUCUAAUUGAGCUUUAGCCAAAUCUGGAGAGACUUAAAGCUGCAUCAGUGUGGAGCCUUAAAGAGUUGAAUAUUAAAAUAAGAAAGGCAUCAUUAAAUAAACAAUAAUGUGAAUAAAUUCACAAAAUUUCUUAUCUUAUUCUUAAAUUCUUAAUCCUGCUUCUUUUCAAAAUGAAAUAAUAUCACUGCAGCUAAUUUUUAAUUAAUUCCAGCUGUUUUCAUCUCAAAACGUCCUUUUCUCCAAUUAAUAAUUUUUUUAAAUCAUUUUUCAUCGCAAUGUUUAUCUGUCAAUCAAAAUUAAAAGAGCAGAGCCAGUUGUGUGAUUAGCUUUAGUGGACUACCAAUCACGUCACUGACACGAUUUGAAUUUAUAAAAUAAAAAUGAGCUACAUUAAAGACAUUCAAUCAAUCAAAAACAAUCAGUUUUAAAAUGUAUUGGAUUAUUUCACAAUGUCAAGGUUAAAUUAUAUAUUUUAUCUGUAUUUAUUCAGAGUAGUUUCAUCGUGUUCAUUUAUUUAAAAGUGGACUCUUUGGGCCUCCGUACAUUAGACAAUAAGAACCGUCCAGUCUAUUCAAGCUUUUAAUUUCCAGUUUCUCCUUUAAAAAGUACUGUUUUUUAAUGUUCUUAUUGCUGUUAAUUGCUUUGUUUUGAUGGCAUUGCUUUUGUCCUUUUUUUCCCCUUUUACAUGGUAGAUGGUUAUUAUGAAAGUAUAUUCCUGAGAAUUUGUGCUGUAAUGAAUCUGAUCAUUUGUUGUCACGAAUAUUUUGCUCUUAUGGUCAUGGUCAUUUGUUUCUGAUAUGACAAUGUAUAUUAAUGUCUUAAUAAAUCCAAAUUAAAGCA